AUGGCGGGCAAGCUGGUCAGUGAGGUCUGCAGACUGAGCACCAUAUCAGAGCAAGAACCCGACAAGCUGGACCCCAAUCCCAGCUCCCAUGAUGCACUGGGGGUCAGUGAGUGGGCUGGAUCCAGCUUCUCCAUGUCUUCUGACAAGUUUAAGAGCAGCAGCAGCAGCAGUGGGUUCUCCUCUGAUGAUUCGUACCAGCCUGAGAGUGGAGAUGAAUGUGCGGCGCUUCUUCUCGCCUGUCUGCAUUGUCGUUUUCACGAAUUCACGGUUCUCCUGUCGGAUACAUGCGAGAGGGCCGUGAGCCGCUGCUUCCCCUCCUACAAAUACGUCACGGCGUCCAGUGACCAGCAGGGAAUGGACUGCUGCAAUUACAAGCUGGAGCUGGACUGCAACUGCUGCGGCUCGUGUCAGGACGCAGGAGAACUUAUAGAGCUGGCCAUGGAGAUCUCAGAGGUCUGCUACCGCUGA